AUGCUUGCUCGCAUCUUCUUCGUUGGGCUCUGGGCUAUUGUUACUGUGGCUAUUCCAGUUGCCAAGCCUGCUAGUAAGUACCAAAUUAGGUUGGGAGUUGAAGUAGAAAUGGUGCUAAUAAAGUAAGAUUUCGAAACCGAUCCAAUGCUUCAAGUUGGCGAGGUUGAAAGCAGUUCAUAUGCCGAGAAGAGAGCCAACUUUGAGACUGACCCUAUGCUCCAAGUUGGCGAGGUGGAAAACAGGUCAUAUGCACAGAGACUUUAG